CUUAGUUAUUAUUGCCUACUUCACAGCGGCAUCAUAAGAAACAUGGCAGCCACAAUGGCCAGGAACGUCCCUGGUAUGUAACGUGUUGCUACAUUAUUGAGAUAAUACCUUUCAAGAGGUUUUGUGUAGGUUCUAUAGCUAGCUGUUUUUCAAUCAUAAUAGCUAAUUUGUUGCCUAACAAGGCGACUUUCGUGGCUAUUAUUAGCGCAGCAGCCUAAGGUUAUCCAAUGCCAACGCUUACUCGUCAUGAUGCUAGCUAACUAUAUAGUUAGUGUGAUGAUAGUGAAUAUGUACUACCGUUAUUAGCAGUGAACAAGAUAUGGCUUCCCUAAUUUUAGAAAUGUCUUUAUUUUGCAUGGACAGGCUUGAUGAGGCCGUUGACUCUGUUUGCCAGGGGGCAGCAGAUAUGUCGGUUCUCCACCAUAAUCCAUCGUCAAACCGUCCAGAGGUCUCUGCUCACUACUCCUACAUGGGCUUCUCUGUCCGCCAAAGCCUUCCAGACACCCAAACCGAGCAUCCUGCAACGGUGAGGGCUGGGCAUACAUACUGCUCAUCAGAUUCUGAAUAGUUUUAUUUUGCAGAUUCAAUUCAUCAAGUGUGAUUAGCUUUUUUUUUCUUCUAUUCAUUUAGCUAGCUAGAUAGCGUUUGUUUCAAUUGUUUAUUUGAAAGAUGCAUCAAUCAAUUAAAUUCAUAAGAUGAUGGCAGUAAUAUCCCGUGGCUUUGUUUGUUUGAAUGACAUGAAACUGCAAACGUAAAAAAAAAAAAAAGCAUUUUACUCAUUUGGGUGGGGCUUGGUUCUUGCAGGGUUGCGCCUCUCAUUCCCAGCCUGGUCCAGCAGCCAAUCAGAAACCUCACGUAUAUCAGCCUGAAAAAAGGGGAAGAGGAAGUCUGUGAAGUCAGUCGUGAAGAGGUUCAUGCGGCUGCACUGUGGCCUUUGGAUUAGACGCAAGGUAAUGUACAAGUCUCAUUCUGUUUUCCUUAGGUUCUGAAACCAUAAAGGUUGUGGCGUUGACUCUGUUUUUCCUCUGUCUUCGAAUGGACACUUACUGCUGAUUCUCAACAGGCUGGAUACAAGAAAAAACUGUGGAAGAAGUUGCCUGCCAGAAAGAAGCGUUUAAGGGAGCAUGUGUUUUGUAACAAAACACAGAUUAAGCUCUUGGACAAAAUGACCACUAAAUUCUGGAAGAGGAGGAACUGGUUUGUCAAUGAUCCCUACAAGAAAUAUCAUGAACGUGUCAACCUAAAAGUCUAAUGGCUUGAAAUGGCCUUCCCACCCUGAGACGUAUGUAAUUUGCAAUUGAUUAAUCAAAUUUCAUUGUACACAGAUGAGAUCAAGAACAUUGUUCACAGCAUCAUUUUGGUCAACGUAGAGUGAAACGCAGAUUUGGGCAAAUUUGCAAUUGAUAAAUCAAAUGGAAAUAUCACUGUCUUUUCAAAGUCGUUGAAUAAAUUAUCGCAAAUGCUUCUUGAAUUGUAUUACAUAUUUAAAUAUAAUACAAAAAAAAUACAUAAGCUAUGGCAUCACAUUGU